AUGUUAUUUGGGUGCAGAGGAGUUGCUGUUAAGGAUCCAUCUGCUCCCUAUGGUGUUAAGCUUUUGAUUGAAGAUUAUCCUUAUGCUUCUGAUGGGCUAGAGAUAUGGGAGGCUAUCAAGUCUUGGGUGGAAGAAUAUAUCUUAUUCUACUACAAGACAGACGAGGCACUUCAGCAGGACCCCGAACUCCAAGCUUGGUGGAAAGAACUUGUUGAGGUGGGUCAUGGUGAUUUGAAAGAUAAGCCAUGGUGGCCAAAGAUGCAAACUCGUGAAGAAUUGGCUCAAGUCUGUACUACCCUCAUUUGGAUUGCUUCAGCCCUUCACGCUGCUGUUAACUUUGGACAAUAUCCAUAUGGUGGUUUAAUCCUUAACAGGCCAACUAUUAGCAGAAGAUUCAUGCCUGAGAAAGGUUCUGCUGAGUAUGUUGCAUUGGGUAAGAACCCUGAGAAGGAGUUUUUGAAAACUAUUACUGGCAAGAAAGAGACCCUCAUUGACCUUACGGUUAUAGAGAUCUUGUCAAGGCACACAUCUGAUGAGUUCUACCUUGGGGAGAGAGAUGGUGGUGACUAUUGGACUUCUGAUGCCGGGCCAUUGGAGGCCUUUAAGAGGUUUGGAAAGAAGCUUGCAGAGAUAGAACAAAAGCUUGUUCAGAAGAACAACAAUGAGACAUUGAGAAACCGCACUGGACCGGCUAAAAUGCCUUACACUGUGCUCUAUCCUUCAAGUGAGGAAGGGUUGACUUUCAGAGGAAUUCCCAACAGUAUCUCCAUCUAA